AAUGAUGUUCUUUUUGUAAUCAUGAAUUCUAAUUCAUUACUAUUAUUCUGAACAAAGUUGCGUCCUUGUUCCUCCUCUUUCGAUUCAUUCAAGGAAAUUUCGUCCUUUUCUUCAUCUUGUUCUAACCAAAUCAAUCGCUUCAAGAUAUGCCCACAUUGCAAAAACCAUUAAAGUUUGGGUUUUUAAGCAUGAUGAAUCAAAACCUCUAAUGGGUUUUGUUUAUUUUGCUUUGAAGUGAGAGAAAGUUGUGUUUUUUAAGGUUUUAAGGUUAAGGAUUUAAGGAUUUGUGGGUUUUACUAAGGGAUGAAUGAUCAUUGGAUUUUGGGUAUUGAACAUCACUGUAAUAGCUUCUUUUAGUACUUACUGCUACAUAUGUUUCGGAGAUUUAGAUGGUUUGUUGGUUUGAAUCAAAAGAAUUUGUCAACUAAAAGGUUGGUCAAUGCUGAUCAACCUGGCCCAACAAGGCCAAAUCACUUGCCUAAUCUUGAUGCUGUUCAUGAAGUUGCAAUUUAUAUUCAUAGAUUUCAUAAUCUUGAUCUUUUUGAACAAGGAUGGUACAAAAUUAAGGUUACUAUGAGAUUGGAGGUUGGUGAAGAUUCUUAUCCCGGGAUUCCGGCGAGGGUUGUUCAGUAUGAAGCUGCAGCUCCUGAAGUAGGUUCUGACAAUUUAUGUAGAGUUUGGAUGAUCGAUGACACGGACAACAGUUUUUCAACACCGCCAUUCCAGAUUAGAUAUGCAAGGCAGGAUGUAUUUCUUUCUAUCAUGAUCUCAUUCUACCUAGCUUUUGGUGAUUAUGAGGGAGAAUCAACUGCUGUUAUCUUGAAGUUUGAACUGAUGCAUGCUCCUAUGACUGCUACUGGGUCUGAUUUACAAGGUUCCCUGGAUGCAUGUUCUGCUUCUGUUCAUGAAUAUAAAAUCCCCCCUAAAGCUCUUCUGGGAUUACAUUCAUAUUGUCCUAUCCACUUUGAUGCUUUCCAUGCUGUCAUGGUUGAUACAAGUGUUCACAUUAGUUUACUAAAAGCUAGUUAUCACACAAUUCGACAGAAGGUACCAAGUGACUGUAGGGAUUCAGAAGGCAAUUACGCUGAAGAUUAUGUUGGGUCAAACAAGGUGAUGCUCAUCAAAGCAUUGAUGGCCGCACAUGAUAUCCUGCUUGAAGAUCUUAGAAGAAUAAGUACAGGCAUUGACCAAGCUAUUGAUUUGACUGAAAUCACGUUUGAAUCAGAUGAUACAAAAUGGUUUGAUUUGACUCCAGCAGCACGUGUCCAAAGUAUUGAUGGUGAACAAUCACUUCAGCUGCCUGAUAGGGAAGAAGAUGCUACUCAUAAUAUCAAUUAUCUAACCGAGGAAUCAGUUCAACCUUUUUCUUGGGAUGAUCAUCUGUUAAACUCUUUUCAGUCUCUAGCGAAUCAGCUCUUAUAUCUCUGGAAUGUAUUUCUGAAAUUCCACAGGGAAAACAAAACAAAAAUACUUGAAUUUCUGCGCAAAUCCUGGGCUAUAGAUCGGAGAACUGAAUGGUCAAUAUGGAUGGUGUACUCAAAGGUUGCGAUGCCUCAUCAAUAUAUGCACAACAAAGUUGAGGGGACAUCAUUGCACCAUAGCUUACACAGAAGUUCGUUAAAUACAAGGAGGCUGAUCGAUGAUCCUAUUCAAACUGCAAUAAUGCGUGCAGAACUUCAUAGGCGAGGUAUAUCACAAAUGAGGAUCAACAACCGGGCGCUUCAAGACAUGUAUAUAUUUGGAGAUCCUUUGCUUGUUCCUAUUAUUAUUGUAGAACGCGUGACAAACGUGUACCGUUCUGCCAGUUUGAAUUCAAACUUCAUUUCUGUGGAGAAUGAUGCAAGGCAUGUCCUAAGCAAUGGUUCCAGGUCCACAAACAAGUUUUGUGGGAGUAGUCAGCAAAAUGGGCAUGUUUUGAGAGUAGUUGUUUUUGUUCAUGGGUUUCAGGGAAAUCAUUUGGAUCUACGGCUUGUUCGUAACCAAUGGCUUUUAAUAGACCCUGAGAUACAGUUUCUAAUGUCAGAGGCAAAUGAAGAGAAAACAUCUGGCGACUUCAGAGAAAUGGGUUUUCGGCUUGCUCAGGAAGUGAUCUCUUUCCUAAAAAGGAAAAUGGAUAAAGCUUCAAGAAGAAGAAACUUGCGAGAUAUCAAGCUCAGCUUCGUUGGUCAUUCUAUCGGUAAUCUCAUUGUCAGGGCAGCCUUAGCAGAAAGCAUGAUGGAGCCAUAUCUUAGAUACUUGUAUACCUACGUGUCGAUAUCGGGUCCACACUUGGGUUAUAUGUACAGUUCGAAUUCUCUAUUCAAUUCAGGGCUUUGGCUAUUGAAGAAGUUCAAGGGCACUCAAUGCAUCCAUCAACUGACCUUUACGGAUGAUCCUGAUCUUGAGAAUACUUUCAUCUAUAAUCUUUCCAAGGAGAAGACGCUCGAAAAUUUUCGGAAUGUGUUUCUUUUAUCCUCGCCUCAGGAUGGUUAUGUUCCAUAUCAUUCUGCUAGAAUAGAAUUGUGUCCAGCAGCUUCUUCGGAUUUCUCUAAAAGAGGGAAAAUCUUCCUACAGAUGCUAAAUAAUUGCUUAGACCAAAUCCGAACUUCCUCUGAUCAUCGCAUAAUCAUGCGCUGCGACGUCAACUUCAACGCUUCUUCCUACGGCAGGAACUUAAACACACUUAUUGGACGAGCAGCUCAUAUAGAGUUCUUGGAGUCUGACAUUUUCGCAAAGUUCAUAAUGUGGUCUUUCCCAGAGAUGUUUAGAUAACAAAGAAGGGAACUUGCACAGAAUUUGGGUAAUAUUGUUGAUUUCAAAGAACCAGUGAAGUUGGCACAACUCACACAAGAGACUUCCUGAACAGUGGAACUUAAAACAUUGCAGUAUGAUAAAAAGAAUGUUCAUAGAUGCCAAAUUGAAGGGUCAAAACUACAUGAGUUGGUAUUCUUUCAAUGCGAUCCUCUCAGUGGGAUAAAAAUAGUGUAUUCGAUCCCUCGUAAACAUGUCCACAUUUUUACUUUCAUUUUGGCAGAAAGAUCAAGGCAUAUGCAGAGCACAAGGCAAAUCAUGGGACCUUGGAAUUUGUACAUUACUGUGCUAUAUUAGUCAAGUCUCUUUUUUUAAUUUUCUUAGUUGUGGAUAGGAAAACAGGCUUUUUUGGUGAGUAGUGUUUUCUACUUUGCUCUACUAAAGGACCAGAGCUUUUGGUGAGCAGGGUAUUGCAAAGUUAAAUCUGGCACAUGAAUGUAUAUGUACUUGGUUUCUAGCAUGUACAAAGAACAGAAGCAUGAGUGUACCAUAUCUAUUCCAAGUUUAUAUAUGGAAUAGAAGCCGUUAACUCUGUAGGCUUAGGAGCUUAGAGUUAAUGCUGUUGACUGACAGUUGAUAUAGUCAAAGGAUUUUCUAGACUACUUCCAUCUUUUUUACUUCAUAUAAAAUUCAGUGCUUGUGUCGUUUUAGCACCAUUCAUUCA